AGACCUAGAACUAAAAUAAUUCGAAUUUAGCCGUCUUGAGAUUAACUUUACCAGGAGGUGAAUAUACAAUUAUUCUUACAAGUAAGUCUUAUUCUGUGAAGUAACACUAACAGACACUUUACUUGGAGAUGAAUAUACCGGACCUUAAAGAAUUUAAAAGUUGUACUGAAAACAACACGAAUGUUUCUAUGGCAAAAUUAUCACUAUACGUCGAAACAACUCGUAUUUAUUAACGCCCCAACCAGCCCCAACACACAUCAACGUCGUAUUAAACAUUUUUAAACGAUUUAUGAGUGAAAAAAUAAAGGGAAGAAUUCAACUUCACUUUUAAGGUUACCAAACAUUACACAAAAUCGUUUCUAAAAAUCUUUUACCUAUGAUGUAUGGAAGAAAUAAUGGUGAAUUAAAAGAUCACAUCAAUUAUUGUACGGAGAGAAUUUUAGAAUCUUCAGAAUGGUUUAAAUUAGAUUAAAAAACUUUUUUAGGUUAUGUUUACAUUAACCAUCAAAUUUAAGUCGGUAAUGUAGAUAUUCAAACUGUCAAAAAUUAAGUCACAAAUAAAAAUAAAGUUGUAAAAUAUAAAAUAAUUUUUGUAAUUUACUUUUAUAACGCGUAAUAAUUAAGUGUAAAAGAAUCUGUCGUUAUAAAGGAUAAAGAUUUCGUUAAAUUUCCGGGUAAAAUUAAAUUAAAACCAUAAAAACCACAUCCUGACGGUUGACGCCCAAGAAUCACUUCUUACAUUUUUUUUUAACUUCCAACUUUAAAGUUUUAUAUUUUUCGUUAAAAUGGAAGAUAUAUUUCAUUGGUGCCGAGAAGGUAAUGCUAUGCAAGUAAGGGUUUGGUUAGACGACACAGAACAUGACAUGAAUCAAGGAGAUGACCAUGGUUUUAGUCCAUUACAUUGGGCAGCUAAAAAAGGCAGUAACAAAAUCGUCGAAAUGCUUUUAUUACGAGGAGCUAGAGUAAAUGCUACAAAUAGAGGAGAUGAUACCCCUUUACAUUUAGCAGCAGCUCACGGACACAGAGACAUUAUUAAUAUGUUGUUGCGUCAAAAAGCAGAUGUUAACUUCACUAACGAACACGGCAACUCACCACUUCAUUACGCUUGUUUUUGGGGUUAUAAUGAUAUCGCUGAAGAUUUGGUUCAUCACGGAGCGAUCGUUUCAAUAGUAAAUAAGUUUGGAGAUACCCCUCUCGAUAGGGCAAAAGGAAAUUUAGCAAAACUACUUCAUGACAUUGCUGUAGAAGCCGGUCAAGAUUUGAAAAAAAUUAAAUUCAAAGACCAAAGUUGGUUGGGCAUGAAAACACGAUCUCGAGAUGCGACUUUAUCGCGUUUUAAAGGGAUUAAUUUCAAAGAUUUACGAUUUUUAGAGAAAAUCGCUUCGACGCCAAGCGGGGAAUCUUGGCGAGCUAUUUGGCAAAAGAACGAUGUUGUCGCGAAGAUUUUAAACGUUCGUAAUUGUACGGCGAGAAUUUCGCGCGAUUUUAACGAGGAAUUUCCGAAAUUACGUAUUUUUUCGCAUCCGAAUAUUUUGCCUGUAAUUGGUUGUUGUAAUUCGCCCCCAAAAUUAAUUGUAAUCAAUCAACAUAUGCAAAUUGGGUCGUUAUUUCGUGUUUUACACGAAAGCAGUGGUUUGGUUGUGGAUACAGCCAAAGCUUUAAAAUUUGCAGUUGAUAUCGCCAAAGGAAUGGCAUUUCUACAUAGUUUAGAAAGAAUAAUUCCCGAAUAUUACUUAAACAGUCGUCAUGUAAUGAUCGAUGAAGAUUUAACGGCACGAAUUAACAUGGCAGAUGCGAAAUUUUCGUUUCAAGAGCGUGGUAGGGUUUAUUACCCGGCUUGGAUGUCCCCUGAGGCGUUACAAAAGAAAAUAUCUGAUCGAAAUUGGCAAGCUUCUGAUAUGUGGAGUUUUGCUGUGUUGCUUUGGGAACUUGCAACGAGGGAUGUGCCAUUUGCUGAUCAAUCUCCAAUGGAGGUUGGUAUGAAAAUCGCUUUGGAAGGGUUAAGGAUUACUUUGAAACCGGGAAUUUCAUCUCAUUUGGCUAAAUUGAUUAAAAUUUGUAUGAAUGAGGAUCCAGGAAAGCGACCUACGUUUGAUAUGGUGAAUCCAAUUUUGGAGAAAAUGCUACGUUAACCUUCUAAUCAUCUACUUAAUUAAGUAUUAACACACUUAUUUAUUAAUUAUUAUAACGGUGCCUUUUAAAACUGCCUUUUAAUGUUAAUAAUGAUCUUUGUUGAAUCUUUAAUUUCAAUUAAAACGUUUUUUUUUUUUAAUAGAUUAAUAGAUGAUUGUAUAAUGACAAAUCUAAUAAUGUAAAAUUUUAAUUCUGUAAUGUAUAUGAAUAAAUAUAUUUUUAAUGUUUUA